CACAGCUCGCGUCAUGUCAGUCGACAGUCUGCUGCCAAUGAGAUCUCUACGGCUGUCUCAUUGCCUCAUACUGACUCGGAUGGCUCAUCACGCUGUCUGAUCGGCGCCUUCGGGACGAAUCUGAGCACUUGAGCACCCUCUAGGCUCAAGCUCGAUAGUUCUCAAAAAAUGGGUGUGGAGGGCGAAGCAGAGCCGAGUAGCCUAAGUGCGUUUCUUUUGAUUUUGCACAAGUCGUCGUCGCAGCCUCCCCUUCCGCAUGCUAUGCGGAUCCCCGUGAACGCGAUACAUCUAGGCUCCGCGCGAUCGCGGCAUAGGAUAUUGUGUCCGCAUCAUUACAACGUUCAUAGGACUAGCAAACAGGGAAGGCACGAAUCCGCGCUCGUGUCGCUUUCAUCUCAAGGUGGCGCGCGUUCCAUGCCCGUUCCUGCGCCUGCGGUGUACCCGUGUGGACCCCUGUGUCCGAGCCGUGCAGGGCAGGUGAGGCUAGCCUGUUUGCGCCUGAUAAAGAAUCGCAUAUCCGUCUGUCGACAGACGCCACAGCUAAUAACAAACAUCGGACGCUGGCCUGCAUGCUCACAUCUUUGGGUGUUCUUUGAGCCCAUUGUGUUUCGUCUAAACGUCCGGAUCACGAAGGAUAUAUCGGCCAUGAUGACGGCUCCAUUUACACCAGUUUCCAACACAUACGGCUGCCGUUUUGGUAACCGUGAAGCGCGCAUCUUCAGGCAACCACACGCGCAGAACGCAGCCUGAUUAUGAUCGCGCUUUGUUCUUCAAAGCCAGAACAGCUCCAGCGUGGAUGGGUUAGUUGCUCUCGUGUAGCACCGGCCGUUCUUGCAUUCCUGCUCAGAAUCGUUCGGCUUUGAGCUAUUCAACUCCCAGACCGUGCCAAGCGUCUGUUUUGGUAAGUCCACUGUGAAUAUUGCAGCAUGGUCUCGUAGAAUGUUAGAUCGCU